CGCAGCCGUGGGUAGUGACACGUGACUGAAAUCGGCGCGGCGCGAACGGAAAGUCGUGCUUAUGAUGCGCACCUAUGCGAUCUACGGGAGACCGAAGAAAUUGCUGGUGUUAUUUGCAGCACUCUGGGUGGGAAUCGCAAGUAUUAGUUUGUGGGCUGUGUUUCAUUGGACGAGCAAUUUUGAUGCCGAAUCCGACCCAGUGGUAUCCCUGAGUGGUACCACGUCCAACUGCGGUGUUAUUGGCAACAAUAACCUGGGGUUGGUUGCCUAUGCGUCGAUUGCAGUCACUGAAACAGUCGUCGGACUGUUGACAAUAUGGCAUGCACUACGAAAGAGUGUAUUCUCACGGAGCGGCUCCGCCAUCUCGUAUUCAAAAGUGAUGAUCACGUUCUACCGCGAUGGAAUCAUGUUCUACGUAAUGAUGCUCUCGAUCUACUUCCUGGACAUCGGUCUCCAGCUCUCAACAGUCCCG